AUCUGAUCAUGUCUCACUCAGGUGCUCAGGGCAGCAUUGGCAGCCACUCUGCCAUCGGGCUGCACAAUCACAAGAUAUACUUCUAUGAAUAUGAGAACUUCCAAGGCCGUAGGAUGGACCUGUUUGGAGAGUGCCGUAAUCUGUGCGAGAAGGGUUUCGACAGAGUCGGCUCCAUCAGGGUAGAGUGUGGACCCUGGGUGGGUUAUGAACAACAGAACAUGACGGGUGAGAUGUUCAUGCUGGAGAAGGGAGAGUAUCCCCGCUGGGACACCUGGUCCAACAGUUACAGGUGCGACCGCUUCAUGUCGGUCAGGCCCGUCCGAAUGGAUCCCCAGGACCACAAGAUUUGCCUGUACGAAUGUCCAAACUUUGAGGGUCGGAAGAUGGAGGUGUGUGAUGAGGAUAUCCCAAGCCUGUGGUCUUACGGCUUCCAGGACCGUGUUGCCAGCAUUCAGGUCACCGGUGGAACCUGGGUGGGCUACCAGUACCCUGGCUACCGUGGCUACCAGUAUGUUUUCGAAAUGGGCCCUUACAAGCACUGGAAUGACUGGGGAGCCCACCACCCCCAGAUCCAGUCCAUCCGCAGGGUGAGAGACAUGCAGACGCACCGCAGGGGCUGCUUCGAGAUGACCGCAUAG